ACAGUACAACUACAGGAGAACAAUAUGUUCAAACGUUAACAACCGCCUGACCCCUCCAAAGAAGGCUCGUUUAUCAAGGUAUGUCUAAACGAUUGCGGGCACUUUACGGAAUGAACUUUCCAUUUAUAAUGCAACAAAAUGAUUGUUUACAUGGGAUAAGAGGUGUGGAUUUCACCAAUUUGAUAAUUAAACAUGUUUGGAGCACUCCAAAAACUGCCUUCAUUGAAUGGAUGUCAUUGCCUUUGAUUUCUUAAAUUAUGUGUUUGCUAAAUAGAGUGAAACCUAAUGUGUUCAGUUUAUAACAACGAAUAAUAUGAUCAGCUUAACUAAUUUGCUGUGCUGUGAUAUGAUGUAUGUUUAAGGAGAUAAAUGAAAAUGCCUGCUCCCCCUCCCCCUCCGCCUAUGGCACCUGGGGCGCCGCCACCGCCUGUUUUCAAAAUGCCAAAAAGUAAUCCGAAUGACAGAGAUGCUUUGCUAAAAUCCAUAAGGAGAGGAGCCAAGCUGAAAAAGACUAUCACUAACGACCGGAGCGCACCGGCAAUUGCAGGUGGAGCUAAAAACAGUACUAGUAUCAAGAAUAAUAAUAAUAAUGAUGGCGUGAUAUCCAGCAGUCAAUCACCGAUGAGAAAUUUCAGCAAUAUCCAGCUUGAACUGAAGAAGCAGCUGGCAAAUCAUGAUAGUCGUAGUCGAGGGCCUCCUCCACCGGCACCUAGUAGAAAUUUUUGUCCUGACUUGAGCACGCCCAGACAGCCGUUGUCAUCAAAGGAAAAUACACCAAAUGGCAUACAUUCAAGUCAACAGUCAUUGAACGUCAUCAGCUCCGGUGGUAUUCAAGCGAAUCCAAGCUCGUUACAUCGAAAAGCCAAAAGUAAUGCAAAUCUUUCCAGUUACGAAACAGCGGACGACUGUGGCAGUCAUUCUGCUAAACCAGCCUUCAGUUCGGGGAAACCCAAUUUGGCUCCGAAACCUCCUGUAUUGAAUGGCAAACCUAGUCUUAUGGGAAAGAAGCCUGUAAGCAGGGCGCACAGUCUUCGGACACCGCGGUCCCCUUCCCCGGACCAUUCGACGACAGAUACUAAUAAUGGCUUUGCGAAAUUUGGCACCGUUCGGCAUAUGUCUUCCAUCAUUGGAUCGACGCUGGGUGCCACUUCACCACAGAACAUCAGGACGAGGCCGGCAUUGAGUACGAGACCGAGCGCACCACCACCUUCCAUUCCGAGUCAGAGCCCGAGCAGCCCUCUACCGCCGCCGCCUCCUCCACCGAGCAAGGUGAACGCGGCAGUGAAGCCAAACCACGCACCGCCCCCUCCCCCGACGUCACUGCCCCCGCCGUUGCCGUCAAAUACUGCGUCACCGUCACCUCCGCCGCCCCCGCCUCAUAAGACGACGCCGACAGUAAACAAAGGACCGCCUCCACCACCACAGAUAACGUCGAUAAACCCCCCACCUCCACCUCCUAGGCACUCAUCAAUCAGGGACACUUCAAUGCGUAUUUCUGUCGAUCUUGACGAGAAAUUCAAAGAUUUAUUCACUGGCAUGGAUAAAUUUCCCAAUCCCCCGCCAUAUAGGAAUGUUAUCAAAAUAUAUAGUUCGAGACAGACGCAGGUUAAAUCUGGAUAUGUUACUUAGUUAUUGGUUCUAGACAAACAGGAUUCGGAAUCUUUUAAAGCUACUUUUACCUUAGGUAAACGCUCUGUCAGGAAUCAAAUUUCGUAUUUUGCAGGUGGGCACUAUCAAACAAAUAGAUUUUGAUUUUCCACCGCUACGAAUAAAUAGCUCUACAAUUUCUGUACAUGUAUUCAAGUGGUCUUAACUCAGAAAAUAUGAUAUUAAAAUAGAUUCACUCAUUUCUAGUAGAAAAUUAUAAACUCACUUUAGAACUAUAGAAAUAUUUCUCUACUGCUAUAAAAUGGAUGAAGGCUACUUUGUAAAAUCCGCAUUUUCAAGAAACAAUGUGCCAAAAUUCAUGCGGUUGUUCAUGCAGUCUAUGGUCUUACUAUUUUUUCAAAAAGCCUUAGUUUAGUUGGCUUAGGUUUUUUAUUCGGAUUUUACCUCAAAUAUUCCACAAAGAGUUGUCCGAAGAAAAUUCCUCAAGAAAGGUGACUUGGGUAAAAUGGAAUACCAGUGCUGCAACACUACAGAAAAUAAUUUUAAGUUCCUUCUGCAGUGGUCCAACUCAUCCAAUUUAUACCCCACCGGUGCAGUGUCUGGAGUGAAAAUUUUUGUCGAAGACAAACUACAUCUACAAAAUUAUAAUCCAAUAUCUUAAUUCGACCAGAAAAUAUAAUUUUUUAUCGAUUUUAAAUUAUAAGUUCAACACCCUGCAUGUCAGUGAGGAGGCAUUUUUUGGCCCAUGUUUAUAUAAACUUUUCGUAUCAUUUUUUGACCUACUUUCAUAUUUAAAAAAAAUAAAUCGUAAAAAAAUUUGAUGGGUCAACUUUUUCAUUUAAACUUUCAACAGUACACUUGAAGGGUUUUAUGAGAAUCCAUUCAGUGCAACCGGGUUCUGAGGUUUUGAUAUUUUUGUCAUAGGGCUAGACUCUUCAAUCUCUUGGUUCUAAAUACAAAUCUUUAUGGUGGACAAUGUGUAUUUUAACUGGAUGAGUUGAGAAAUCGACAUGCUUUGAAGACGUUAUUAACGGUGUCAGAUAACAGUAAAUUAUAAAACUAUUAGCUUUAAAGAUUAUCAUGGAGGAAAAUGAAGUUUUCAUCAGCAGUAUUAUUUCGACACUCGACUUCAAAAUACGAAAUUUGGUUCCAUUCUGGUGACUUUACUAAAAAUUUAAUCAAUCUAACCAAGUGAUAUGAAAACUUGUAGGUCUUAACUAUAUAUUUUAAUGUAUUAUAUUUCGAAUAUGUUGCUUUUGCUGAACGGCUUCAAAUGUCGAUGGUUAUUUCCCACUUCUACUUUCUGCUGUUAGAUAUUUUAGAUUCUUCAAACCUUUUAGAUAAAAUUAAUGGGCAUCCUUCCCACCCCAGUCUUUUAACUUUAUAGACUUUGUUACUUUUAGGUUUUAUAAGUUACCACAUAUCACGUUCUUUAUUUCAUAUAUUUUUAAUGCAAAAUUCUGCUAUUUAUACAAAUUUAUAGCUGAUGUUGAGGCGUUUAGUAUCAAUGUUUUAUUUUAAGCUUUAUUUGGCCUAGGUUGUUUUAUUUUAAUAGCUGUCAAGAAAAUGAACUUAUAUAAUAGUGUGAACAUUAUAUAACCACAAUUUUCUUGUCAAUUGUCUAAGACGAUAGUCACGGAUCAUGUGCUGAUGUGUUGUUGAAAAAAUACACAUUAAAUGAAAAAUCUUAAAGGUACCUACUUCAGAAUAUUUAUUUAUUCCUUACUGAAAUCACAAAUAACAUGGAUUAAAAAUGAUUUUUGCUAUUGCCAUCCUAUUAUGGCACUAUUAUCUAGUCAUAACCAUUAUGUUUCAAAGCAACAUAUUCAAAAUCAUCGUAGAUUCGAAAGAUUCUGAUCCUAGAUUAACCAUUCAAAGGGAGAAUAAUCAGUGAUGGAGUCUAAAACAAAAUGAUGAGUUGGUUGUAUUUUGUUGCAAAAUGAUUACUAUCAUCAAUUUUAAACCUCUUAAAGGACAGUAACAUUCUCUCGUCUUAACGUUUUUCAUUACCGCAGUUGUGCUUAUAUUGUUGAAUUCAGCAAUAAUGGAAACUUCAUUAUGAAUUUCGUCAUUGGAAUAUUCUCUGUAUCAGAGAAUAUUAAUUCCCAAGUAUGAUAAUGUACCGCAGAUGGAUUAAUCUAACAAUAUGUUGAAUUCGUAAAAUGCAAAUGCAUGUUUAUGUGCAUAACGUGUUGCUUAGUUAAUUCAGCUUUACUAGAUUGAUUUGCUGCGCAUCAAGUAAAACAAUUAUUCUCUUCUUGUGUGGGUAGUCUUUGUUAUUGCAGGCCUAUGCGAAACAAACUUAUACAUAUAGGUAUAUACAUAUGUUGUACAAUUAUCUUUUCUAAAUAAAUUAUUUUGAAUGUUAGUUUAGUGUAAUUGGAUAAAACAACUAGAAAUGCGACUGUGAUACUGUCUAUAGUGGUGGUUCAGAUCUAAUAACUAUGUUGUGCUUACCAUUCAAGUAAGCGUAACUCACCAGACUAGAAAAAUCAGUAUCUGUUUUUUUUCUGCAUUUUCCUUUUUUGAUCGUGACAAUGCUGUAAUAUCAUGCGCGUUUUUCCAGUCUCCUUUCAUCUAAAUUUUUCUUUUUCGGGCAUGCCGAAUUGUCGUUUUACUUGGUUGUAGUCGUUAUUUUAGCUUUCAAAAUAUCUCUCACCAAAUUUCAAUUCAUAUAUUUUUAAAAUUUCCCUUUCAUGAGAUGUUCCAUAGUCAUCAAUAUUUUAAUUUGUGAUCUUUGCGUUCUUCAUUUUGUAUAGGAGGACGGGCAAUCCACCAAGAUCACAACACUUAGAGAUCCCAUUGGUGACGUCUUCCCCAAGGAUCGCUCAGGUCUGGAUCAUCUGCCACCCAGACUAUUGAAUAAAGUGGUCAUGCGACCCAUACGGAAUUUUCCUUUCGCAGGCCGUAGAUGGCCAACGUCCCCGCUGAAUAGAUUCUUAGAUUGAUAGGACAGCUGGGCGGUCGCAAACCAAGUGCUUGUCUGUCUUAUUUUCCUGUUCAUAACAGUGUCACUCAGUCUCAUGUUAUAGAUAUGCUUAAUUAGCUAACAGUGUUCAGCUUAAAAUCAAAGUUGUUGUCUGGACCUUUGAGUUAUCAAUGUUCAACAAUUGAUGGUUUUUCUCGUUUUUUUUUUAAUUAAAUUGUCAUACAAUAUUCUUUGUAGUGCCUCCUGAUGAAGAAAAUAUUUUCUUAAGCUCGUCAUAUACAAAGCGCAAACUUUCUUUCUGGUGUCAUUUUCUUUGUGUUGUGGCUGCAAUCUCAAGAUCCUUAAAUGCAUCUAAGGUCGGCCGCAAACGGUGCAGUUUUAUAAAUAAUAUUCUGAUCGAUCAUAUUCACCAACCUAAAACGUUUAUAAUCUACAGAUCAACUGAUUCAAUGGAUUAAAGAAUAUGGUCUGGUGGAAUUAAUCUCGCAAGUUUGUUUUGCAAACACCUCGGAAGCGAGCUAAUAUAUCGUGCGGUGAAUUAAAGCAUAUGUCUUGAUGUUUAU